AUGUCGUCAGCUCAACUACAAAAAGGUCGAGGGCGUGCCCGAUCAACAACUCAUUCAGCUGCACCACCGCCUCCAUCCAUUACUCCGUCUACUGAUAUUUCAACAACCUCGACACCAUUGACAUUUGAUAAUUCGUCAACUUCUGAUAGUCCUGCUAUCGAUCAGUCAGUGUCACCACCAGCAAUAACAACCGACCAGAGUAGACCAGACACCGGUUAUUCAUCAAUAUCAACUAGUUCACAACCAUCUCCACCCACCCGACCGGUUGUUACAACUGCUCGGGGUCGUGCAGAUCGUUUGAAACGAAAUGUGGCACCCGAAGAUCCUCAUUGGACUGUGAGCGAUCUGACUGCGAUACAAUUUCAAUCUAAUACACGACCAGUGAAACCCGAUGAAUUAGGUACAAUUGGUCAACCAAUUCAAGUCAUCGCCAACUAUUUUCCUAUACUGCAAUAUCCACGUAGAGGUCUUGUUUACAGAUAUCAUAUUCAAAUACAUGACUGGAAGAAUCUCGAAAUUCAUCGUGAUCGCCGACGGCUAGUAUACAACUUAUGGUUGCAACAAUAUUGUGGAAAAUAUACAAAAAUCGAUCGACAUAAAAUUGUCUUCGAUAACCUAUCGACCAUUCUCACAUUCAAUCAACCAUUAUUUGAUAUUGACGGAACUGCCACUGUUCAAGAAAUAAAAGCACCAAAUCGCUCAAAUCGACUAGUAACUCACAAAGUCAUCGUUCGGAGAGCAGGAGAGCCGAUUGAUCUAGCUCUAAUACAGAACUUUGAUGAAAUCCUUCAUACAGAGAAUCGAUUGAACAACACACCACAAGAUCUUGAUAUCAUCAAACAAAUUCUAUCGAUUGCAUUGCAUGAAAAUUGUUCAUUUCAUGCAACUGCUAUUUACGAUAGAUUGUUUUUUGCACAGACUACACCUGAACAACAUGGAGAAUGGGAUCUUGGCUUAGGAAAAGCAUUAUGGCGAGGAUUUUAUUCAUGUCUUGUCUUUUCUAAAGGAGCACAUCACCUUCUAAUGAACCUUGAUAUCAAUCAUGGUGUGUUUAUGAAAAAACAACCAUUUCUUGAAUUUCUUUGUGAAAUAAUGUUACACAGUCCAUGUGGUAAAAAACGAUAUGGUGGUCGUCAACGAAAUGUUCAGAAAGUUCAUGGCGAUGAUGUUCUUGAAUUUCUUGACAUCAGAAAUCCGACAUACCAAAUUGAAAUGAAUUUUCUACUCAAACACUGUAAAAAUGUCCGAGUUCGAUCACAAGAUGCAAGUAAACCGAUAGUAUAUAGUAUUUCCAAAUUAGGAAAAUCGGCGUCAACACAAGAAUUCAUAUGGAAAGGAAGUAAAAAUAAAACGGUCACAGUUGAAAAUUAUUAUAAAGAACAUUAUGGACUGGUGUUGAAGUACCCAUCUUUGCCGACAUUAGAGAUGCACAAUAGGUCGUAUAUACCAAUGGAGCUUGUUGACGUUGAACCAGCUAGAGUAAAAAAAAUCACUGAUGAGCAAAGAGCUCUUAUGUGCAGACAGUCAACAAUGCAUCCUUCCGUUUAUAUUAAAUCUAUUAACGAGAUUCGAAAGAAUCCUAAAAAGCAAUGUUUCGAAGAAGAUCCAUUUAUUGCUGCUUGGAAUAUGAAUGUUUCGACUGACAUGUUGACAUUACCAGCCCGGGUGCUACCGAUGCCUGAAAUAGUUUACACUGAUCAGUAUCAUGUCACUUCUGGUGCAGUUCGAGAUAUGGGUACGUGGCAGAUGAAGCCAACUCGAUUUCACACACCAGCCAAGUUUCCAGCUGUUUGGGGAAUGAUCAAUUUAUCAUCACUAGAUCAACAUGCAUGUGAAGAUUUUUACAAUGAGCUUUCCAAUAUUGCUGUAGAGCGAGGUAUGGAAUGCUGCCCACCCGUAAUCUAUGAAGAAUAUGAUUCAAGAAAAAGCACAAUUAAUGGAAUAAUCGGUGUUCUGAACCAGAUCUUGAAAAAAAAUAAGGGUUGUAAUUUUUUCGUCGUAAUUUUAUCGGUGAACGGUAAAUUGAAAAGUGACCUAUAUGGUUUAUUCAAGAAAUUGUGUGAAUUAGAGUUUGGCCAUGGGGCCGUCACGCAAAUGAUUCAACAGAGAAAUGCAGUAGUUGGAAAACAAAAAGAUAAAGCGAGAUGGGACUAUGCGAAGUUGAACAAUAUUUUACUAAAAAUAAAUACAAAACUUAAUGGAAUAAAUGCUGUUCUAAAAGUGCAUGAUGUUAUCGAACGAUUCUUCUCGCAUGGUCAUCGUGUCAUGUAUGUUGGAGCCGAUCUCAGUCAUGCUCCACCAAGUGCUCGUAGUCAACCUUCUGUUGUAGCUGUCGUUGCAUCAGCUGAUGAUGUACCUAGUCGAUAUUUCAAAGAAGUUUAUCAACAGCACCGACCAGAAAGCGCAAGAAAUGAAAGUCGGGAAUACAUCGUCGACAUGAAGGCGAUCAUGAAGUCUUUAAUUCAGCAAUAUGAACGACAUCGAGGUUAUCCCCCAAACGCCAUCGUUAUGUAUCGUGAUGGAAUAUCUGAAAGUGAAUUCGAUACUGUCUUCGAAAAAGAACUCACAGCAAUACGUGAAGCUUGUGUUGAACUGUCACCCGUGUAUCGACCAUAUCUUACAUAUAUUGUUGUUAAUAAGAGACAUCACACAAGAUUCUUUCCGACGAACUCAGACAAGAACGUACAAGCCGGUACAGUAGUCGAUUCGCAUGAUAUUACGAAUCCUACUACUUAUGAUUUUUAUUUGAACAGUCAUCAUGGAGCAUUAGGAACAAGUCGACCAACACAUUAUCAUGUGUUGUACGAUGAUAAUAAACUACGACCGGAUGAAGUUCAAAUGUUGACCUAUGCUCUUUGCUAUACGUAUGCUCGAUGUACUCGUUCAGUGUCGAUUCCAGCACCAGUAAAAUAUGCAGAUUUAUUAGCAUUGCGUGGUACUUAUUAUGUAGGGAAUACCGAUGAUUCAGACACAGAAUCCAUUGUUUCAGAACCUCUUGUUGCUGUUGGUGAAGAAAAAGACAUAAAGAAUACAAUCACAAGUGAACGUAUAGUUCUAAGUGGGAAGAUUGCGAAUGAUUGCCCUUUCUUUCUAUAG